GCAAGCUAGUGUGAAUUUUGAAUAAUUUUCACUAAUUUAGAGAAAUGUAUAGCGUAAUUAUAACAAUUAUUGUUAUUUUGCUUCUGGUUUGGGAUGUGGGAUAUUAUUUCAGAGCGUAUUUAGUAGUUUUCUUCGGGAGAUUAUUUCAGAGAAGAUUCAAGAUCAAUGAAACCACAGUGUUGUACGGCAUUUGCACCACCCGUGACGUGGACAUCUUCUUUACUCACAUGAACAACGCGCGGUACCUCCGAGCGCUCGACUUCUCUCGCAUCCACUUUUAUGACCGCACCGGCCUCUAUGAGAAGCUUGCGGCAGUCAAAGGUGCGGCCCUCAUGGGCGCCAGCACUAUACGCUAUAGGAGGCCGCUUGACAUAUUCAGCCUUUACAAGGUUGAGACCAAGAUGUUAUGCUGGGACGAAAAGACGAUCUUCCUCGAACACAAGUUCAUCACACUGAAGGACAACUUCGUGCGAGCCAUAGUUUUCUCUCGGACGCACAUAGUAGGCCUCGACCUGCCCACGGCCAUGGCGUACGUGCCCGAAGCACACAACAUGAAGACCUUUCCUGAAGAGGUCGUCCAGUGGCAGCAGUGCUUGGAGACUGCGAGCGCUAGGCUAAGGAAGAAGGAUUAGAGUAGGUAACGCUAAAGACUGAUGCAUUUAUUGUUAUGAAUUGGGGUUGAGUUGGGUAAUGUUUUUGACAUAGAGUCGCUACGCCGGGCGAAAGUUAAAUCUGGGUAUCGUAGCUAGCUCUCCCUAUUACUAUUCUGUAUUUAGUGACUUGACAGAACCUGACUGCGUUUCGAUACCCACCUGGCGUCAACGAUUGUCACUUCGGUGAGGCCGGCUGUUUCUGCGACUAUAAAAUCGAUCGAUUUGUCUCCUGGAGAGCGUUGAUAAUUGAUGUCCGGCCAUGUUUUUAUGCUUAUUGAAUUGUUUGGCGGGGUACUUAAUAUUAUUUAUGUGUAAUUGUGUCUAGGAAAAAAAAAGCGACAUUUACAUGAUUGUAGUAAUUAUAAUAAUAUAAUUGCCGCACGGUGAAGCCUUUGUCCAGUUUUUGAUCAAAAAAUACAUGUAGGCUAGUAGAAUCGGGAAAGCAAUUUUUUUUGUCCUUAACUUUAAGUUUAGACGAAGGAAAGUAACAGCAGUAGUUACGUAAGAAGACAGCACUUGAUUAGAAUGUUUAGGUACUCAAAAAGAGCCAAUGAUUUUUUUUUUUAAUUUAUUUACUCAAAAAAGGUUACUCAGUAUUAUUCUAAUUAUAGUAUUUUCGCCAAACUGUAUGACAGUUUGUUGGAUAUUUCUUAAUAGGGUAAUGAAACGAAUGACAAAAAGAGACAAAUGUCGUAUAAACUAUAUGAUAAUGACGUUAAUUUAAAGUGGAAAUCAACCAAAUGAAGCUGACGGGGCACACCAUGUAAUGAAAAUAAAAAAAUCUGGUCUCGGUUUGGUUAUAAAUUAAUCUUAGUGCAUGUCGCUUGUAAGUAUUGAUGGAAUAAUUUUGUUAAUGUGGCUUAUAGUCAAUGAUAAAAUUCGUUACACAUAUGAAUGGAAAUGAUUUUCACAUCUAUUUAUGUAUUAACAUAGAUGGAGUUUGUAUACCUACCUACGUGAAGCCACGUCUAUACAUGGUACGAAGUACUAUUACGCGUCAUUAAGAUAAUUAUCCUCCAAAUUAGUAGUAGGUAUUAGAGUACUGAAAACUUCUGUAGAGUUUUGUUCAAGCAAAUUGAUAUAAUUGGCUUGAUUAUAGGUCAUGAUAUAUUAAUAGACCAUGUGUCUAAAUAUAUUUCAUGUUAUUUCGGUUCAAAAUCUUUAAAAAAAUGCAUUUCAAAGUUUUAAACUCGGGGGUUAACCUUUGCGACAUGGUGGAGGUGCUGGGAUUCAAACCAAAGUACUAUUUAGAAAUAAAUCUUACUUAGAUAAUUACAUUUUCGUUCGAAUACUAUUGGCUUGAAUGGGCUUUAAAGUCGCUAAGGCUAUCGCACCGUACCGCGACAUUGGUGCGGUUUCACCAAAUGACUAAACGUUUGUAACUAUUUUUGGUCACAUUAUUUGUAUAUUGCACAUUAUGUUUUAUUUAUUGACACGAUCUUUAUUUUUAGGUGCGAAUAUGUGUUGUCGUUAUGAAUAUUUUGAUGAUUAUUGCUGAAGACAUGAAAUAGGCUAAAUACUGGUAUGUAAUAGGAAAAUUAAAAUUAAAAUUAAAAUAAUUUAUUAGAUAUUACAUGUACAUAGUCCACAUUCCUUUCUUUUAUUUCAUCGUGUGUUUUAUAUAUAAUUAUAUUAUGUGCUAGAAGUACCUGCUUUAUUUUUUGAUGCGAUAUAAAUAAAAGCUUCUAGGACAGUUUCGUUUACUACCUAUAUUAGUGACUGAGUGGUUGUUGUUAAUAGGCAGUAACUCGCUAGCGUCCUAUAAUUGGCCACCCUGUAGGUACUAAAAAUUAAUUCUCCUUACCUUACCUUGAAACAGAGAUAUAUCUUUGUCGGUUCAGAUUAAUUUGGUAGUUGAAAAAUUCAUAAUAAGUUACAACCUGUGCACCUGUUUAUUUAAUGCUUAUAAUACAAUCGUAAAUCGUUAUCGUCGUGAACUACGUCAGUGAUAGUUAAUGUAGUAGUAAGAUCGUAAGAGAAUAGAUAAAGAUAUCAGCGCAGCUAAUAUCAAUUUGAAAUUAUAUAGGUAUCCAUUAGAGUUUAUAUUUACUGAAGUCUAUGAUGCUUAUUUUGCCUUAACAUAUUCAGUGCCAGUGCAUGUGACGUGCUGUGAGCAUAGCCAAUAAAAUGGAGAAAUGCGUACAUAGUGUGUACCCGGCUAAUAACGAUUACUAGUCAAUACAUAUUAGUAAAGUUUUCCUGUAAAAUAUUACUUUUUUGAGAAUUUCUGUCGUUUGAUUAUGUUAAUAUGUAUUUGUUAAAUAGUAGAUGUAUUGAAAUGACAAUCACUUAUACGGAAUUUAAUGAAGUGUAACGAUUAUUGUUUCGUUAUAUUUAUUGUGCAUUGUUAUGUACUUACUACUUAUGAUUAUUUUUUA